UCAGAAUCACCACUACUACACUGCUACACACACACACACACACACACACACACACACACACACACACGUUAAUUUUUAAUCAUAAAUAUGUUUCAAUCCAAUUAACCAUAGAGGUUGGGUACCUAGUAAGGGGUCGGAGGGGGCAGAGGAUCUUCCAAGGGAAGGGAAAUAGAGGAUAGUGUUAUAAAAGAUAAAGGGGAACUAGAAUAGGAAGGUUAAUGGGGGAGAAGGAUGGGGCAGGUUAAAGGAGGGAUGCGGGGAGGAAAACACUACUAAAGGUCUUGAAUAGAUGCUUCCUGUAGUAGUCAGGACUCUCUAGAGGAACAGAACUGAUGAAUGAAUAUGCUGGUAAAAUUAAUAUAUAUUCAUAUAUUCACAUAUAUAUGGAUUUAUUAGAGUGACUUAUAAGUUAUGAUCCCAACUGUUCUCAAUAAUGGCUGUCUUCCAAUGGAAGGUCCAAGAAUCUAGUAGUUGUUCAGUCCACAAGGCUGGGCGUCUUAGUUGGUCUUCAGCAUACGCUGGAAUCCUGAAGAAGUAGGCUGUAAUGGCAGUGAAGGCAUGGACUUGCCAGCAAGAGCAAGGGCAAGCAAAGAGCAAGCUCUUCUUCCAGGAAUUUAUUUUGUCUGAAGAUUAUAACAAGAUGACACCUGUGAAAAACUAUCAAGCACAUCAGAGCAGAGUGACGAUGGUCCUGUUCGUUCUGGAACUGGAGUGGGUGCUGAGCACAGGGCAAGACAAGCAGUUCGCCUGGCACUGCUCUGAGAGUGGGCAGCGCCUGGGAUGUUACCGCACCAGUGCUGUGGCCUCGGGCCUGCAAUUUGAUGUUGAAACCCGUCACGUGUUUAUUGGUGAUCACUCGGGCCAAGUCACUAUCCUCAAACUGGAACAAGAAAACUGCACACUGCUCACAUCCUUCAGAGGGCACACAGGAGGGGUGACAGCGCUCUGCUGGGACCCAGUGCAGCGUGUGCUGUUCUCAGGGAGUUCCGAUCACUCCGUCAUCAUGUGGGACAUCGGUGGGAGAAAAGGGACAGCCAUCGAGCUCCAAGGACACAAUGACAAAGUCCAAGCCCUCUCCUAUGCACAGCACACAAGGCAGCUCAUCUCAUGUGGCGGGGACGGUGGCAUUGUCGUCUGGAACAUGGAUGUGGAAAGGCAGGAGACCCCUGAGUGGUUGGACAGUGACUCCUGCCAAAAAUGUGACCAGCCUUUCUUCUGGAACUUCAAGCAGAUGUGGGACAGUAAGAAAAUUGGCCUAAGACAGCACCACUGCCGGAAGUGUGGGAAGGCCGUGUGCGGCAAGUGUAGCUCCAAGCGCUCCUCCAUCCCACUCAUGGGCUUUGAGUUCGAAGUCCGGGUCUGCGACAGCUGCCACGAGGCCAUCACAGAUGAAGAACGUGCACCCACAGCUACCUUCCAUGACAGUAAGCACAACAUUGUGCACGUGCAUUUUGAUGCAACCAGGGGAUGGUUACUGACUUCUGGAACUGACAAAGUGAUUAAGUUGUGGGAUAUGACCCCAGUAGUGUCCUGAUGUCUCUCCCAGGGACUAGAAGAUAGUUUUCACUAAAGAGACACUUGUUUGAGCCCAGAAUCAUUACAGGAGAAGCAAAGUACACAUAUGAGCAGGAAGAGAGACUGAAGGAGCCUCAAAGUGGAUGUGUAGCCUCCUGUCCUAUUGCAGUGAACCAGUGGGGGAGCACUCCCAUGAUUCCUCAGUUGCCCUUACAACAUAAAAGAAGAUAUUUUUUUAUCAAAUGGUUUAUACAGCCUGGCUGUGCUGCAUUGUCUUGAGUCUAUUGGAAAAUCUGUGUGGGAUGUUUAAGC